AGCUCUUUUUCAUUCUCUGUUGCUGUUGAUCUACUAAAGCCUUAGUCCGACCUCUUUUCCAUCCCCAAUCUCCAACUUUCAGUUGUUCACUGAUCUAUAACCAUGGCGAGGAAGAUACGAAACGAAGGAGACUCUCAUUAUGACUUCGACUUAUUUGUGAUUGGAACCGGAAGUGGUGGCGUUCGUGCUGCCAGACUUUCAGCAAAUUUUGGAGCUAAGGUUGGGAUCUGUGAGCUUCCAUUUCAUCCAAUCAGCUCAGAAGUGAUUGUGGGAGUUGGUGGACCAUGUGUUAUUGGUGGUUGUGUUCCCGAAAAGAUUUUGGUGUAUGGAGCAGCUUUUGGAGGUGAAGGUGAGAUGGAUGCCAGAAAUUAUGGAUGGAAGGUGAACGAGAAAGUUGAAUUAAACUGGAAAAAGCUUCUACAGAAAAAGACAGAUGAAAUAAUCACAUUAAAUGGUAUUUACAAAUGCCUAUUGUCAAAUGCUGGGGUUAAAUUGUCCGAAGGGGAGGGAAAGGUUGUUGGUCCAAAUGAAGUUGAGGUGACACAACCAGAUGGAACUAAAUUGUUCUAUUCAGCAAAGCACAUAUUGAUUGCAACUGGCAACAGGGCCCAUUGUCCUGAUAUUCCUGGGAAGGAGUUGGGUAUAACAUCUGAUGAGGCAUUAAGCUUAGAAGAGUUACCUAAGCGUGCCAUUGUGCUUGGAGGGGGUGCAGCCCGGUUCCUAGUCUGUCCGGUGUAUUCUUAGUCUGCUGAGCAUGUUCAUUAUUCAUUUGAUAACUAUUAUCUAGGUACAUUGCUGUGGAGUUUGCUUCAAGAUGGAAAGGAAUGGGUGCUACUUCCUUUUCAGGAAGGAACUUCCAUUGAGAGGAUUUGAUGAUGAAAUGAGGGCAGUGGUUGCAAGAAAUUUGGAAAGAAGGGGUAUUAAUCUGCAUUUAAGGACAAAUCUGUCAGAGUUGAUUAAAACAGAGGGUGGCAUUAAAGUUAUGACUGAUCAUGGUGAAGAGUUGGUGGCAGAUGUAUUGUGCUUUGCCACUGGUGGAUGACUACUCAUGCACCAACAUGCCCAGUAUAUGGGCAGUUGGUGAUGUUACAAAUCGAAUGAAUCUUACACCUGUAGCAUUAACGGACGGAACCUGCUUUACAUUUUGUAUUCUGUCUGGAGCUCCUUUAUUUCUCUGUAUUAAAUGUCAUAUUGUUAU